AGAGACAAAUGCAAUAAAUGAUUCUCCUCCCUUCGAUCGAAUGCGGUUGAUUCAGCUACAAGCUGUGGUCUUUGAAAAUUACAAGGACGACGAGCACGACAACGAUCUGACAACAAUGCAACCCAACAAAUUUUUGAAUCGGAGGCAGACAAUGUCAGCUCUAUUUCUUUCGUCCGCCAUGUUAAUUUCUGCACCGUUGGUUGCAGCGUCUGUGGAAGAAAAAGAUUACGCGAGUACUGAUUCUGGAGCAACAGAAACUGCCCAUACUAUUUCAAAGGAUGAAAUUCGAUCCUUUGGCACCAGCUCUAGCAGUAUAUUACGCRCUUCGGAACCAAACUCGCUUCAAGAAAGCAUCUCUGGUUCCAUUUCUGGAGCGGCACUUGCCACAGUGAAGACUCUCGUAAAGUUUCCUUUGGACACGGCGACCGUACGAUUACAAAUGCCAAAUUCGGUAUACUCGAUUCGUGACCCAUUGACCUUGUUCAAUGGUUGUUUCAAUGGCAUUUCCCUCACCUUGCUGUCCAAUAUUCCAGCUGGAGCAGUGUUUUUUGGAGUUAAAGAUGCCGCCAAGGUCGCUCUGAAAAAUUCCGAUGGUUACAGCACACAACCAAGGUGGUUGACUACUUCUUUGGCAGUUUCAGCUGCUAUGAUCCCAUACUGGAUUAUCCGAAAUCCAUCUGAAGUAAUCAAAGUAAGGCAGCAAACAAACAUUGAGGGAUAUGGAGAAGGAGUUUCUAUUAUUACAGCACUGCAAAAAACUGUACGAAGUGAAGGUGAUACCGAUGACGAUGACGAUGAGAACACAUCUGACCUUUAUACAGGAUAUUGGGAGAAUAUUUUUUAUUCCUUACCGGCAGAUAUUAUCAAGUUUAUUGCGUAUGAAUCUAUAACUGAUGGUCGCAAGAAUCUUUCGCCUCUGGAAGGUGCGAGAGCCGGUGCCCUGGCAACUGCCAUGUCGCAACUCAUAACCACACCCCUGGAUGUCGUUCGAAAUAGACUGAUGACAGGUAAGGAUAGAAGUGGUUCGCCUCUGUCGGAUGAAGUUAAGACUAAGGGAUACCUGGAGAGUUUAUUUGAUCUAGGGCGACAAGAAGGCUUGAGUGGAUUGUUUGCCGGAGCAACGCCGAAAAUGGGAAAAGCGAUUCUCAGUGGCGCAAUCCAAUUCGCCACUUACGAAGAAACCAAGCAAUCAAUGUCGAAGGCAAUAUCGCGGUGACAACAAUCGCAGGCUCUCACAGCAUGAAUCAAUAUAGUAGAUUUAUGCAAAGAUAGGAUCUAGUAGUGAUCACACCCUUUCUUUCCUGUGCUGUGCCAUACUAGUGUUGAUGAUGAUGAUGAUGAUGCCACUAAAGUUGAACUUUGACA